AUGAUCAUGGUGAAUUCUUCUGGACCAGAAACCAGUGGACAGGAGAUCUCUACCAGAUCAAUUCAGAUUCAGCUCUUACAUGGUUCCAAGCAAGAAAAAGCUGUCAGCAACAAAACGCAGAUUUACUAAGCAUCAAAGAGCUGCGUGAGCAAACAUACCUGACAGGAUUAACAAGUAGUGUGGACACUGACUACUGGAUUGGUCUUAACAGUUUAGAUUUGGACAGCGGAUGGGAAUGGAUUAGCAAACAUCCGUUAAGAUACUUAAACUGGUCACCAGGUAGCCCAUCUUUGGAAACAGCUAAAAGCUGUGGAUCAAUGCAUUCUACGAACGGCAGAUGGAGGAAUAAUUUGUGUGACCAGAAGUUUGGGUACAUUUGCAAAAAAGAAAACUCUUCACUAGAUGAGCCUGUUAUUCCCACAGAUGGCUUGAAGCCCAUUAAAUGUCCGGAUGGCUGGGUUGCAUAUGCCCAGCACUGUUACCAUCUUAACAGAAACCCCAAGACAUGGAAAGGUGCACUGUCAGCCUGUCGAAGGUCAGGUGGGGAUUUAAUUAGUAUACACAGCAUUGAAGAAUACAGCUUUGCCAUUUCUCAGCUUGACUACAAAACAACAGAUAUCCUGUGGAUAGGACUGAAUGACCAGAAGAGCCCAAUGUAUUUUGAAUGGAGUGAUGGCAGUAGAGUGAGAUUUACCAAGUGGCAGCGAGGAGAACCUACGCACAUCAAUAAUGUGCAAGAAGAUUGUGUCGUCAUGAGUGGAGAGAAUGGAUAUUGGGCCGAUUAUUCCUGUGAAGAGGAACUUGGUUACAUCUGUAAAAGAGAACCUUUGCAGUAUCUUCCAGAAGAAGAUGAAACAGUUGAUCCAACAUGCCAGAAAGGCUGGAAAAGGCAUGGGUUUUACUGUUAUUUAAUUGGAAAGACAUCUGUAACAUUUUCAGAAGCAAAGACAUUCUGUGAAGCCAACAAGGGAUCUCUGACUUCUGUAGAGGACAGAUAUGAACAAGCCUACUUGACCAGUCUAGUUGGACUGCGUUCUGAAAAAUAUUUCUGGAUCGGCCUAUCAGAUGUCACAAAACCAGGGACUUUCAACUGGACCAAUGGAGAUAAGGUCAUGUUCACCCACUGGAAUACAGACAUGCCUGGACAACAUUCUGGCUGUGUUGCCAUGAGAACAGGAACUGCAGCUGGAUUAUGGGAUGUUGCAAAUUGUGAAGAGAAAGCAGCUUUCCUCUGCAGACAUUGGGCAGAAGGUGUAACCCCUCCACCUGUUCCACCCCCAACUACUCCACCCCCAUGCCCAGAGGGAUGGUCUGCAAGUACAACCAGGAAUGUGUGCUUCAAAGCAUUUACUGAAGAAAAAUAUAAAGCGAAAACUUGGUUUGAAGCACGAGAUUUCUGUAGAGAAAUUGGAGGUGAUCUGAUAUCUAUCCACAGUAUAGAAGAGCAGUCUUUACUAGCAAAAGGGAACCAUAAAAAAUAUCCCUGGAUUGGCUUAAAUUCUUUGGAUCCCGAUGAAGGAUUUCGUUGGAGUGAUGGAUCUCCUAUGGACUUUGAAAGUCAAUAUUUCUGGAGAGCAGUAUCUACAAAACAUGACAAAGAGUGUGCAACGCUAGGCUGGUCUCAUAGGAUUUGGAUAUAUCAUCCGUGUGACUAUAUGUUCCACUGGGUUUGCCAAAUAAAACGAGGUGUUCCUUUAAAACCAGAACCAAGCAAUACUUUAGAAUAUUCUUAUAAAAUAAUUGAAGAUGGCUGGAUUGCAUAUGAGAGCAAUGAAUAUUAUUUCAGUAACAUCACAUUGUCUGCAGAAAGAGCCCAGAAAUUUUGCAAGACGCAUGGUGGAGGUCUUGCUAUCAUUGAGAAUGAAAGUGAAAACAAUUUUCUGAGGAAAUAUAAUUUCUUUUAUGGAGCUCGCCAUGAUCGCUAUAUUGGCUUAUUGUUGGGGUUUGACAGAAAGUUCAGCUGGAUAGAUGGAAGUCCAGUGAUCUAUACAGCUUGGGCCCCGGAUGAACCCAAUUUUGCAAAUGAUGAUGAAAACUGUGUGGUUAUGUACGCCAAAACGGGUUUAUGGACUAACAUAAAUUGUGGUACUCAGCAGUAUUUUGUCUGCGAAAGACAUAACCGUUCUGUCCGUUCAACUGUUGCUCCCACAUCACCCCCACCACAGGGGGGCUGUGCUGACGGCUGGCUUUUCUUUGAUAACAAGUGCUUCCAAAUAUUUGGUUUUAAUGAAGAAGAGAGAAAAAACUGGACUGCAGCACGUACUGAUUGCAAAAAUCAAGGUGGAAACCUGGCAACAAUACCAAACAAAGCUGUUCAAGCUUUCCUCACGAUGCACUUAAAAAGUGUUUCAGCAGACACCUGGAUUGGGCUGAACGAUAUCGCUUCAGAGAGGACAUUCGUUUGGACAGACGGAAGUGGUGUCUACUACACAAAUUGGGGCAACGGCUUUCCAAUUCAUCAUUAUUUGUAUGGUAGUGAUGACUGUGUUUCCAUGAUGAAGCAACCUGAACUACAGGCAGGAAAUUGGAGAGAUGGACCAUGUGAAGUUCAAAAGAGCUACAUCUGUCAAAGGAAUACAGAUCCUGCUUUAUCUCACUCUGAAACAACAAUUCCAGCUUCUCAAUAUACCCGUUAUGGAAAUAGCAGCUAUUCUGUCCUUGGUCCCAGAAUGACAUGGGAAGAAGCAAGGAAAAAGUGUAAAUCUGAGCACUCAGAGCUUGCCAGCAUUUUAAACCCCUACAUCCAGUCAUUCCUAUGGCUGCAGGUCUUAAAGUAUGGGGAACCUGUGUGGAUUGGCCUAAACAGUAACAGGACUGGUGAAGUAUACAAGUGGAUAAGUAACUGGAGGCUGGUGUAUACUAACUGGGCUGCUGAAGAGCCAAGGGAGAAAAUCGCCUGUGUCUACUUAGACCGCGAUGGUCACUGGAAAACAGGAAACUGCAGUGAAACACACUUCUCUAUUUGUGAGCAGUAUCACGGUGAAAUCCCAACAGAAACUCCAGAGGUCCCAGGAAGAUGCCCCACUUCAAAAGAAACACUAAGAUCUUGGAUUCCAUUUCGAGCUUAUUGCUAUACAAUCUAUACGGUCAAAGUGAGUUGGCCUGCAGCAUCUAUGAAAUGUGCUCAGUUAGGUGGCACGUUGACUUCAAUAGAAGAUGUAGCUGAACUGAAAUUUCUGCUGGAACACACUCAGCAACUUAAUGCCAUGGACUUCUGGAUAGGCUUGUUCAGAAAUGUGGAUGGAGAAUGGAAGUGGGAAGACAACUCGGAAGUAGAUUAUAUCAACUGGAAAGAUGGACAAGCUGGAAUUCCUGUUGAAAGAUCUUAUUACCAGGACAGUGGUUUUGGAUUUCAAGACCACUGCACUUCCAUGAAUGGUUAUAAAGGAGAAUGGUCCAGUGGAUCCUGCAAUCUACAUUGGGGAUUUAUUUGUAAAACCAAGAAAAUUAUCGACAAGCCGACUGAAGAGCCUAGAACAGAUAAAAACCAUGGAAACAUUCCAGCAUCAGCACAUGGCACAAUUGUGGUGGUGGUUAUCCUGGUUACCCUCGUCCUUGUUGGAGCAAGUGUUGCAACCUAUAUGUUCUACAAAAGAAGAAGCAAGCAACAGCAAACAACUGGUGGAUUUAACAACGCUUUGUAUGGAGACAAUGUGGUUAUUCUUCACAAUCACUGAGUGUCCUGUGGACAACAAAGGGGAAGUUUAACAUGUGCAGGUUGCAUUCCCACCCACAUUCCCUCUCAUUUUCUGUCCCACUGUGUGGGAGCCUCACUCUAUGUGUGUGUGUGGGGGGGGGCAAGGUUUCAUUCAAAAUAGGAAGUAAAAUCAUCUGCCUGCUGAUGAAGCUCUGGG